AUGGAUCAGAAUAAUUUACCCAUGCCAAUUAAUUCAAAUACAAAGUCUUCUAAAUGGGCAGAAAAUAUCUGUUAUAUUCUGAUAAUAAUAUUUAAUCUAAGCACUUGGAUAGACUUAAAUAGUGUUUGGAUUGAAUUACCAUUAAUAAUUAAUAGCGCUCCUGAACGCUGGACACUACCAUCAACAUUAUCGUUGGUUAUAAGCUUUGCUAAUAUAUUUCCACUCAUAGUUGUUGUUUUACGUUGGAAAUUAGGUAAACGAUUUUCUGAAAUUCCUUAUAUUUAUAUAAUCAUAAUUGUUGGCAUCAUUGCGUGUUGUUCAAUUGGUUUAUUCUGGGAUUAUACAACAUGUUUUUUUGGCGCAGAACGUAGUGUUUCACUGAUAGGUGCAGUAUUUGCUUUAGCAAUGCUUGAUUGCACGUCAUCAUUGGUUUUUUGUGAUUAUAUGAGACAUUUUAAAGCAAAAUAUUUACAUGCAAAAUUUUUUGGUGAAAGUUUAACAGGUAUUUUGCCAAUAUUCAUUGCACUAGCGCAAGGUGUCGGCGGUGAAGCUCAAUGUAUAAUGAACAAUGUUACAUUACAUGUUCAGCCUAUUUAUUCUGAACCUCGUUUUAGCGUUUCAACAUUUUUCUUUCUCAUUUCUGGUAUUAUAGCUCUGUCGCUAAUAUCGUUUAUGGCGCUUCGAUUUACAUCAAUUAUGAAAUUGGCUAAUGCUGAUGAUCAACAUUGUCAACAAACUUCUAUAGAAAGCUAUGAGAAAUUAUUAGUAACAAAAGAAAAUAGUUCAGAAUCAGAAAAAAGAUCCUUAUCAGCACCAAAUUCAAUGACACAAAAGGAAUUUUUUAUCCUUCAAACAUCUAAUGUUGUUAAUUCUGCUUUUGUAUUUGGUUGUUUACCAACAUUAGUUACUUAUUCCCUAUUACCGUAUGGUCAAAAAGCAUUUUAUUAUUGCAAUAUACUUUUUCCAAUAUCCUAUCCAUUAGCUGCACUCUACGGUUUAAUACGUCCAACAAUAUCAACGUUUUGGAUUAUUAUAAGUUCAAUAUGUGGUUGUUUAAUUUGUGCCUUUAUUAUUGCUGUUGCUUUUCAAAGUCCUUGUCCAAUAUGGGCCGAUACAUUGCAUGGAGGAAUCAUUAUUAUUGCUGCUUGGUGUUUUUCGUCAUUUAUUCUUGCCUAUGUACGUGUUGCUAGUGGAAAUCGAAUUAAAUUAGCAUGGAAAAAAGACAACGGAUUAUUUUAUUAUGGGUUAAGUAUUCAAAUAGGUAUUAUCUUUGGUGUUGUACCAAUGUAUUUCCUCAUUAAUAUUUAUCAAUUAUUAAAAGAAAGACAACCAUGUGACAUAUAUUGUUUCUAA